AUGGUUUCCUCUGUACAUUCAAGAAACGGUCUAAUCCCUUUCUUGAUCACCUUCCAUCUUGUAAUGACGUCAUCAAUGGCGGUUCCCGGCAACAACUACUUCCAAGACUUCGAAAUCACAUGGGGCGGAGGAAGAGGAAAGAUUCUCAACAAUGGCGAGCUCAUAACCCUAUCCCUCGACAAAGAUUCCGGGUCGGGCUUCGAAUCCAAGAACGAAUAUUUAUUCGGCAAAAUCGACAUGCAGAUCAAGCUCGUCCCCGGAAACUCCGCCGGAACCGUCACCGCUUAUUAUUUGUCGUCGCAAGGCGAAAAUCACGACGAAAUCGAUUUCGAGUUCUUGGGGAAUACAACCGGAGAGCCGUACACUGUGCAUACGAAUUUGUACACUGAGGGGAAAGGGGAGAGAGAGCAGCAGUUUCACUUGUGGUUUGAUCCUACUUCUGAUUUUCACACUUUCUCUAUUUUGUGGAAUCCCCAAACUAUUGUGUAA